AUGGUGCUGACGAGGGCAAAUCGCGGUGCCAGCGACCAGCCGGCCGAGUCUGGCCGGUCUGCACGCCUGGCGCGUCGCCGCGGGGGCUCCAACGAUAACAUGGAACGCGAGUUGCCGGCCAGGACCAGGGCCAAGGGCAAACAAGUCGCGGUGCCGUCGAGCGAUCCAGGCGAUGACGUAGAAGACGAAGAGGAAGAUGAAGGGGCAGGGUCAGAGGAGGAGGAAAUCGCCAAGGGCGAAUCGAUUGCACGGUUCAAUGCGCCGAGAGGAAACCUCGUCAAGUCCAUCAGCCCGCCGCCUCAGAGCGAAAGUGACAUUGCUUCGAUCAUUGGUUCUCAGAGCGUGUCCGGUGUCCAGAGAUUCGCCAACCCUUACGGCGCAACAGCACAGUACACACGUCACUCAAGCGUCCCUAGGCCGUUCGGCUCGUCAGCGCCUCUAUUCGGUCGUGGAGGUCUACCAGGAAGCCCGGUAAGGGAGGAUGACGAGGAAGACGCGCCAGACGAAGGUCGCGGGACCCAAGGGAGCAACCACAACACCAGCCGCGACGAGACAGCGGAACUUCGAGAAAAUGCCCUCGACCCCCUGUGGAGCACCACGAACGACCUCGCCAAGUACCUCCUCGAACCAAAGCCGGACAAGAAGACCUGGAACCAGCUGCUUAAGAUCCAGCGCCAGAACUGGGCCAGCAUGCAGACUCUCUUCACUAACAGGGACAACGAGUUCCUCAUCGACCUCCCCGACGUCCUGUCCGCGUUGCCCGAGAAGCUCCAGUCGCGCGGACGGGUCAUCCUCGCCGCGACGAACGCGACUUCCCUCCAGAACGAGCUCAUCAAGACCGUCCAGGGCACCGGCGACCUGCUCGACAUCUGCGCCCGCGUCUUCGAACGGCUUGACCAGGACUUCCCCGCCCCCUUCCUCAUCUCCAUCCCCGACGAUCCCUAUGAGCUCAUCACCAACGAAGUGAUCGAGCUGACUCUCGACAUCCGUGUCCAGAAGUUCAUCGCCCAGCUGAGAGACCUCACCGAUCACCCCGUCAGUCCCGCCAACAUUGCAUCUGACCUCUUCUGCGCGGUCGACGAAGGCGUGGACGGCGAGGAAGCGCUCCGUCACGGGCCAUACCAGCCCGUCUGCGGCGGUGUCGAAUCCCCCUUGGUAUCGCAGCGUGCUAGAAGCAUCGCGCAGCUGAUCGAGGAGAAGACGGUUGUGGAGGCAAUCCACAUGCUGGAGGACGCGUUCCCCUUCAUGACCGAGGACGGGACCGGCCUCUCCGUCGACCUGAUGCAAUGGACUGCCGACAUCAUCGGACAGGCACAGGAUUUCCUGCGGGAGCCGGCAAUCGGGUCAACCAUCAGAUCCUCCUCUCCUUCCGAAUCCCUCGCCUCAUCCUCCCAGCAGGAAUUCGUCCGCAAGGACGUUCACGAGAACAUCAUGUCGAAAACAGUCGUCCAGCAUUUGGCCAUGCUCCGCCGCCAAGCACCCCAAUCCACCGCGUCAACGUCAGCCCCUCAACCUCCACCGUCCCGCCAACCACCCCCAUCCAGCCCCGACGACCUAUCCGCCGACGGAGACGACAUCCUCGCCAUAGCCCGGGGCAAUCCGCCCCCCUCUUCCGCCGCCGCCGCCGGGCCAAGCACCUCCGCCCCGCGCUCCAGCGGCUUCACCCCCGUGAACGGCACCAAACGCCCCUCGGAAACCCAAGACCCCGAAGACCCCUUCGAGAACGACACCCGCUCCCCAGAUCCCUCCCGCAGAGCCCAGCUCGACCUCGACAGACAAAACAUGCCCCCGCCAGCCUCCCGUCCCCAGAAACGCCAACGCCUCCCCUCACACCCGCAACCGCAACCCUCAUCCUCCGCCUCCUCCUCCCGUCCAACCCCCUCCCCCAGCACCAACCCAGCUCCCGCCCCUCCCUCCCCGAACGGAAGCACCAGCAGCGGCGCCCCUCCCCCGUCCUCCGCGGCCUCCACCUCUCUACUCAGCGGCGAAAUGUCCUUCUCCCAGAUCCGCGAAUCGAACCGUCUGCCGCCCUCCCGCGCCGCCGGCGCCCCGCAGCGCCAGCCCUGGUCCGACGCCGACACCCGCCGCCUCAUCCGCCUCAUCGAGGUGCACGAGUGCAAAUGGGCCGUCAUCGCCCGGCGCCAGGACCCCGACUACCGCCGCGGCAGGCAGCCCGACCCCGGCCCCGAGGACACGGAGGACUGCGUCUUCGAGAUCCGGCGCGACCAGCAGGCCAUCCGCGACAAGGCGAGGAACCUCAAGGUCGACCUGCUAAAGGCCGAUUUUGCAUUAUACCCGGGCUUCAACGGCAUCGCCCUCGGCAAAAAGGAGCGGGCCGCGCUCAUUGCGCGCGGCAAGAACCCUGACCGGCGGGAGGAGGACACCACGCCUGACGGUGUGGUUCACAACACGACAUUUAUUCCUGACGAGUAG